AUGACGCCCUCUACAUACGCGUUACAUGAUAAUCAUAAUGUGAUCAAUACAGAAUGUUUCAUACGAGGUUUCCAUUUGAGUGGCGUCGUAACAGCUCCUCGUUCUUCCUCCACCGCAACGUUACCCUGCGGUGCGCCAGAACCUCCCCAAAAAUUCAAGGUCUCAGUUAGCUUCGAUAGUCUGUUCAAUGUCGAGUCAGCUCCUGAUUGGAAUAUAUGUGUCACGUAUGGAUAUAAUGAGUUCUUCAGCUCAUUUUCGGUCGGAGGAAGUUUCACGGAAAAAGACUAUAAUUAA